AUGGUCAUUGCAGCGGUUUGGACAACUCGAUCACUUCAAACACCCACCAAUCAUUUAUUGGUUUCGUUGGCGGUGGCUGAUUUGAUCGUUGGAGCUUUUGUUAUGCCGUUUAGCAUCUAUUUAUCGGUGAACGGCCUCCACUGGCAUCUCCCGCAAUUCAUCUGUCAUUUCUAUUGUGUCGUUGAUGUGGCCGCGAGUACGGCAUCGAUUGUUCAUUUGGUGCUGAUUAGUAUCGACAGAUUGGUGGCUGCCACAAAACCGGCCGAGUACAAGACGCCGAAACAUCGGAAACGUGUUCAUCUCUCGAUAGCGAUCACGUGGAUCUUCAGUAUUUGUAUGGCACUGCCACUAGGUACUGGCUUUAACACUCGUACCCGUCAUUUUUUACUCACUGAACACCAUUGUGGGAUCUACAAUCCGAUCUACAUGUUGAGCAGUAGCAUCUUUGCCUUUUAUCUUCCCUGUUUAAUAAUGCUGAUCACUUAUGGAUAUAUUUUCUAUACAUUGAGGAAAAGACUGAGAGCAAUUCAGUUACAAGAAAUGGCUGGCGGUCAAUUCUUGGGCUUCGGCGCCGAUGUGGGAAAUAUCACAACAGCUGCCAUGCAGAGUGUCAUUGGUGAG